UUCACAGUCUCUGGAAACUGAACUUCCUGAGAGUCUCACAGAUUCGCACAGUCGCCGCGGUGAGUACACUUUGUUUUACCUUUUUCUAAAGGUUUAGUGAGGUGGAGUGUGUACAGCAGCGACCAGAGGAGCAGCUGAGGACAAAAUGGCGAUGAUUUCUGUGUUCAUCUUUCUGUGCAUGCUCCAAGUUGCUUUACCUCAAGGUCUGACGCCUCGUGGACCUCGACCAGUAUCUGGGCGAGGUGACAGUCCAGAACCAACUCCACCUCCCGCCCCGCCCAGACCUCAAGGUUGUGAGACUGGGAUUAUUGAAUGUCCCAUCAAGCUGUUUUUCACCAUCGACACCUCAGAGAGCAUCGCCUUACAGGAGUCCCCCCCUGGGAGCCUGGUGAAUAAAGUCAUAGAGUUCACCAAGACUUUUGCCCAAAAGCUGGAUGACGAGACGUACAGGGGUGAGAUCAAGAUCUCCUGGUCCAUAGGAGGCCUGAACUUCUCUGAAGACAAUUUUGUCUUCAGUCAGUUCACGACCAAGGAGAACUUCAUCAGGAACCUCAAUGGGAUUAUAUACCAGGGCAAAGGCACCCACACCGACUGCGCCCUGAGAGAAAUGGCUCACCAUAUGACCCACCACUACUCAGGGACGAAGGCCGUCCUCUUCUCUGUGGUCAUCACUGACGGGCACGUGACAGCAGAGAAAUGUGGAGGGAUAAAGAUGGAGGCAGAGAGGGCCCGGGAUAAAAAUAUCAAAAUUUUCUCAGUGGCAGCGUCCAGGAGCGUCAAUGAACUAGGACUGAAGGAGAUAGCCGGCUCUCCCUCUGAAGUGUACCGAGAUGACUACAUAGCUGUGGACAUCGUCGGUGGGAAACCAGAAAUAAAGACUGAAUCCAUCAAUCGUAUCAUAAAAAUCAUGAAACAUCAAGCCUACUUACAGUGUUAUGAACAGAAAUGCUAUGAGGCUCCUGGGAUGCCUGGACCAUCAGGGCGGGGAGGUCCAAAAGGUAUAAAAGGAGACAGAGGUAAUACUGGGACAAGCGGUGCAAAGGGUAAACAGGGUGAUGGUGGCAUUGAGGGUCCAAUCGGACAUCCCGGUCCAAAGGGAGAGAUUGGUUUUAAGGGUGACACGGGUGAAAUCGGAGCAAUUGGAUCAAAGGGUGUGGCAGGACUUUCUGGCAAGAAUGGAGUCGACGGUCAUAAGGGUAAAAUUGGCCGGAUUGGAGCUCCUGGUUGCAAAGGUGAUCCAGGUGACAAGGGACCAGAUGGUUACCAUGGAGAUGUUGGGGACACUGGGCCAACCGGUAUCAACGGAGAAAAGGGUGACCUAGGCACCCCUGGAAAGUCGGGUCCCUCUGGGCCUGAGGGCGAUCAAGGACCAAAGGGUGAAGACGGAAAUUCUGGAAAUCCAGGGCCACCGGGAGAAAAGGGACCUCUGGGGCCUUCUGGCUCGCCUGGAACAAGCGGCGAAGAGGGAAGGAGAGGAGACUUUGGAGAAAAGGGAGGACAUGGUCCUGAUGGGCUAAAAGGAGAGAAGGGAGAACGUGGGGCACAGGGAAGCAGAGACCAGCCAGGAAAAGAAGGACUCAAGGGCGCAAAGGGAGAUCAAGGACUACCGGGACCGAGGGGUCAUCCAGGAGAAACAGGCGCCCUCGGAGGAAACGGCACCAUGGGAAAUCCUGGAGAUCCUGGAUCAAGGGGAGACUCUGGGCCCCAUGGACCAAUAGGUGACAAUGGAAGAUCAGGAUUCAGCUACCCUGGAUCGAGAGGAUCCACUGGAGACAGAGGCGAUCCAGGUAGAAUAGGACCCAGGGGGGGCAGAGGUGACUGUGGGGCCAAAGGACAACCUGGAAACAAUGGACCAAAAGGAGAGUCUGGGGAUCCAGGUCAGUCGGGGGAGCCAGGAGCGAGAGGAUCCAGAGGAGUUCCUGGAUCUGAUGGCGACCAAGGAUCAGUGGGCGAUCCUGGGCUCAAUGAAUGUGAUGUCAUGACUUACAUCAGGGAGACGUGUGGUUGUUGUGACUGUGAGAAGUACUGUGGAGCUCUGGACAUUGUAUUUGUAAUCGAUAGCUCAGAGAGUGUCGGGCUGACAAACUUCACCCUGGAAAAGAACUUUGUUAUCAACACCAUCAACAGGCUGGGAUCUAUGGCAAACGACCCUGCGUCAUCAACCGGCACAAGAGUCGGAGUUGUACAAUUCAGUCACAACGGGACCUUUGAAGCCAUUCGUCUCAAUGACCCAAACAUCAACUCCAUGUCUGCAUUUAAAACGGCAGUGAACAAGCUGCAGUGGAUUGCCGGGGGCACCUUCACACCCUCAGCUCUCAAGUUCGCCUACGAUAACCUCAUCAGGGAUGGCAAGAGAGCCCAAGCCAAAGUAUCUGUGGUGGUGAUCACAGAUGGCCGCUAUGACCCGCGCGACAAUGAGAAUCUGCUCCAAUACCUUUGCAACGACGAUGAUGUGGUGGUGAAUGCCAUUGGGGUUGGUGAUAUGUUUAAAAAGAAACAGGAUGAUGAGAUCUUGGGGUCGAUCGCGUGUAACAAGAAGGAACGUGUCACUGGGAUGAAGCGCUAUGUUGACUUGAUGGCUGAUGUCUUCCUACAGACGAUGGAGAAUGUGCUUUGUCCUAAUCCGGUGAUUGUGUGCCCUGAUCUCCCCUGUAAAAGUGAACCGGAUGUAGCGCCGUGUGUCCUUCGGCCGGUGGAUUUGGUGUUUCUACUAGAUGGCUCAGAGCGCCUUGGGAUGGAGAACUUCCAGCGUGUUCGUGAAUUUGUGCAGAAGGCGGCAGAUCGACUGGGGCUGGCUAUGAGCAAGACUGACCGAAUGCGAGCCCGCUUGGCAUUGAUAGAGUUCGGCAAGGAGAACGAGAACCACGUGGCCUUUCCUCUCACACACAACCCAACUGUCAUCGGCAAUGGCAUAGCAAACUUACCAUAUUUGGAUUCUUCUUCGAGCGUAGGGCCUGCCAUCCUCCACACCAUCGACAGCAUCUUAGGUAAAGGAACAACUCGACUAACAAGACGCAACGCAGAGGUUUCGUUUGUUUUCAUCACAGACGGAGUCACUGACAGCAACAACCUCGACGAAGCAGUUAGUGCCAUGCGCGCGGCACAGGUCGUCUCCACAGUGGUAACCACAAGAAGUGACGUUGACCAAAAAGUUCUAAUGAAGCUGGCCAUGGACGACCGAGACGCCAUCUUUAAAGUAAAAGACUUCUCUGAUAUGUCCCGGUCCAGUUUGUUUGACCGUUUCAUUAAGUGGGUGUGUUAAAGAGAGGCCACAUGGAUGAACAUUAUACUGGUGCUACUGCUAUGAAUCUAGCAUUAUAACAUGAGAUACUGGUUAACUGUGAUUCUACUUUGCAUUGUACAAACUGCAAAUGACACCACAACAUUGUGCUUUACUACAUUUGUCAGGUAAACUGUUUUCAUGUUUAAUGUUUUGUCAUUCAAAAACAAAGUACAAGUCGAGCAGUUAUCAACCAUUAAGCUUUAAGAUAAUAAACCUGCGGUUUGUUGGACAA